AUGGAGCCGGUGCCGUGCAGCCUGUCUCCAUCCUUUGAGGCAUCCCCUGGAAAGAGGACAUCACAUCCAGCUCUGGUUCCCCCAGGCAUCAAAUGUGGGGGGGUGCUGUCAGCAUCCUCUGGCAAUUUCUCCAGCCCCAACUUCCCAGGGCUGUACCCCUACGAGACAGAGUGCACGUGGCUGAUUGUGGUGGCCGAGGGCUCCUCCAUCCUGCUCUCCUUCAGCCACUUCGAGCUGGAAUACCACGCCUCCUGUGCCUACGACUACCUCCAGGUCUACAACGGGGCCACCCGGGACCGGGGCAACCUCUUGGGCACCUUCUGUGGCCGUAGCCCCCCACCACCCUUCUCCUCUGCCUGGCACGUCAUGGCAGUCAUCUUCCACUCCGACCGCCACGUGGCCAAGCGCGGCUUCGCUGCUGUCUACCGGAAAGAUGCCUGUGGUGGACAGCUGACGGGGCUGUCUGGGGAGAUCACCAGCCCCCGCUACCCCGAGAGCUACCCCAACGAUGCCGAGUGCCGCUGGAGCAUCGGGGGGGCUGCUGGUGGUGGCCCCCUCACCCUGGUGUUCGCUGACUUCCAGGUGGAGGGGGGGCAGGGCUGCAGCUUUGACUACGUGGCCCUUUUUGAUGGCCCCACCACCACUGCCCCCAGCCUGGGGCGUUACUGCGGCAGCACCCGCCCCCCUCCCACCGUCUCCUCCACCCAGCACCUCCUCAUCCUCUUCAGGUCGGACUUCAACAUCGGUGGCAGAGGCUUCAAGGCCCAUUUCUACUCAGGUGAGUGCCAGGAGGUCUUCACCACCAUCAAAGGGAAUUUCUCCAGCCCUCACUACCCCGACUUCUACCCCAACAACCUCAAGUGCCAGUGGAGCAUCCAGCUACCUCCAGGCUACCGGAUCAAGGUCUUCUUCUUGGACAUGGAGCUGGAAGGCAGGAGCAGCCUGACAGGUGGCUGUGACUACGACCACCUGGCUGCCUUUGAUGCUGGUUCUGAGAAGGGGUCACUCCUGGGGCGGUGGUGUGGGGGAGACAGCCCAGCACCCAUCACCUCCCACCACAACCACCUCCUGCUGGUCCUCCACACCGACCGCAACACGGCCAAGAGGGGCUUCUCCAUCACCUAUGUGGGAGUCGUGCCCAUGAACGUCACCUGCACCCGGACAGACUUCCACAUCCAGAUCCCCGUGCAGUCCCUGGCUCAGUUGGAGAGGAACAGGAUUUAUUUGGGGACCCCCUCCUGCGCAGCCCAGGUGGUUGGUGGGAACUUUAAAAUCCACACCAGGUUUGACACCUGUGGCACUGAAUCCCAGAAACGCAACAACACAUCCAUCAUUGUCAGCACCCUCUACAUCGAUUUUUCGGCAGGCGACCAAGAGGACAUCCACCAGUAUGAGGUGCAGUGUGAGCCCAAGAGGAAAGAAGCCUCAGUCACCCUCAUUGCUGGCCCAGACUCAGCCAGGAUCAGCCAGGCAGAAAACCUGGUGGAUACCCAGCAGUAUGAGGGGGAAGUGACAGACACCCGUGAGAUCAAGAGCCAGGACACCAGUGACAUUGUCUUCAUCAGCAUCUGCAUCUUGGCCGGGCUUCUCAUGGUGGUUGCAGUGGUGGGGUUGGUGCUUUUGUAG